UCCACACCUCCACACCAUCGUGCACCUGUGAUCCAGUACAGACAGAUGUUAAUAGCAUACAACAGCUGGAACAAGUGGAAGUAGCUUUAUUUUGACCAUGAGACUUGAGACUUGUCUCCAGUCCGUUUGUCUUGUUGUUCUCCUCUCUGGAGCUUUAAUUCCGCUCAGCAGGAACGAGGAGGUUUUUUGUUUUCGUUCUGAGUCUGAACUUGGACGCACUCGGUGUAGUUUUCUUCGGAAACCUUCAGGGACAGAGUCUGUCCUUUUAUACUGGAGCGAGUGGACAUCGGAGCACCGUGUAGGGGAGUGCACUAUAAGCGCAGAGACAGAUCUGAUUCAGAAGUAUUUGUCAGUGUGUUCCGAGCGAGGUGUGUGGGAUCCGUAUGAAGUGUCUCCUCUGCGCCUUAACCUCUCUCUGCUCCUGGAGCCGGGGAGUCCAUGUGAAAUGAGACACGUUCCAACUGGACACCAGGAGCGAGCAACACUAGCAGCCUGGCGAGGCUUUAGGGGCUCUGCGGCGGGCUCUGAGGCGGGCUCUACGCGCUCUGCGGGGAGAAUGCGGCGGAGGCGCGCCUGGAUCUUCCCCGGGACGCUGUGGUGCGGACACGGGAGCCGCGCGGGAGACUACGAGCAGCUGGGUAUGUUCGAGCGGGUGGACAGAUGCUGCAGAGAGCAUGAUCACUGCGACCACAUCAUUCGCCCCUUCACUGUCAACUUCGGUGUGUUUAACCCAAUUCCCUUCACCAUUUCACACUGCGACUGUGACCACAGGUUUAAGCAAUGCCUUUUAGGCAUUAAUGAUACAGUCUCGAAUAUGGUGGGCUAUACUUUCUUCAACAUCCUUAAACUCCACUGCUUUGAGCUUAUCCAGAAGAGAAGAUGCACCAAGCUGAACUGGAUUGGAAUGUGCACAUCAGAUAAGGUUGCCCCUUAUGCAAUCCUCAAAGAUUCAACAGCAUACAAUGCAACUUCAAACGAUAUUCCUGAACCACCAGUUUACCAGGGAAAACCUUCAACUACUGCAAUACAAAAAAACAUGAAACUGAAACAAAGAAAGCAAUCAACAUCUCGAAAGAGUUAUGUACCAGGAGCUUCUGCAGCAGGCCAUACAUUACAUUUGGGUGAAAUUACUGUGCAGCCUUAUGGAAAACAAAAGACAGUUUCAUCAGUGCCUACCACAGCACAGCCAAAGGACCUGGUGAGCUAUAACACAACAUUGCUCCAUCAGAAAUUUGAACCUAUAAAUAGAAACACUCAAUUCCCAGCAGCCGCAAGUACUGCUCCUGUGCACACAACAACAUCUACAGCAUCUACAAACAGAAUGGCUGCUACAUCAAAGAAAAUUACUCCAAGCAAAAGAAAAAACAUUACUCCCUGGUCCAUUCCCACAGUACAAACCAAGCUUGUGAAAGGAUAUAGACCUUCAACAUGCAAGAUGAAGGGUGAUCCACCCAGAGGUGAUCAUUUCCAGCCAAAACAACACAGGAGAAAUCAUUGCAAGCAGCACAACGCAUCUUCACAUGAUACAGUAUCUCCAAACUUCAUAACACUACCUCCAGUUAGCAAACUUUCAAAGACUAACAAAUUCCAUGGAAGCAAGUCACGGACAAAAAAAAAGAUGAAUUUUCCAAGUAGAAAAAACAUGUCCAGUGCCGUAUCAGGCAGGGGCCGCCUACGAAGUGCAAGCACAUCUGAAAUGAAACUCAAUUCAGCUGAAAUCAGCAAACAACCUAAGAUCUGGAACAAAACCAACUCUGCACGUCAAACCCUUAAGCCAGCAGCAAUAUGUGAUGCAACCAGGCAUUUGGAUGACUGCAAAUAUAGGAUAAAUCCCAUGGAGAAAUUAUAUGGACAUCAGAAUUCAGAAACAACUGCAAUCUACCAUUGCGACUGCAUACACAGGUUGACUGAUAACUUAAAGCAACUGGAGAGCAUUGAUUUACUAAAGAACCUUUUAUGGAGAUUUGUUUCCAUGUCCUGCAUCGAAAUACCAAAAACCAAGGAAUGCACCAAUAAUACAAGCUGUUCUGCCAUCCUUCACAAGGCCACAGAGUUAGAGAUGGCACUGGUCAAACUGGAAGGUCAGAGGGCAGUGAAAAACAGAAAAACAUCUACAAAUAAAAGGGUCUCCAAUCAACUGUAUAAACGUUGCCUUAGGAUUUUGCAUCCUAGAAAGAAAAACCAUGUAAAGCAUAGUGCUUGACUAAUGCUCAACAGAAGAACAGGAAAACCUGUUUUGGAAAAUCUCAGCAUUCUGUUUGCAUUUUUAGUUUCCUUCAAUUUU